AUGCCAUCCUAUGCAAUGUUCUUAAAGGAGAUCUUUUCAAAUAAGAGAAAGCUAGAGGACUAUGAGAUAGUUGCUUUGAUGGAGGAAUAUAGUGCUAUUUUGCAAAACAAGCUAUUUCUAAAACUCAAGGACCCUAGAAGCUUUUCAAUACCUUCUCUUAUUAGAAAAAUGAAUAUAGACAAGGCCCUUUGUAAUUUAGGUGCAAGUAUGGAGGAAGAUGUUCAGAUUCCCAUCAUAUUGGGAAGACCUUUCUUGGCAACCACUAGAGCUAUCAUAGAUGUUAAAAAUAGGUGGUUAACUCUCAAAGUAGGAGAAGAAGAAGUAGAGUUCAACCUAUUUAGAGCUAUGAAACAUAAGCCCAAUACAGACGAGUGCUUAAGGGUUGACAUCAUAGACAAGCUAGUAGAAGAGGAAUUCUAUAAUAGAUAUCCUAAAGAUCCUCUUGAAGCAUACAUUGUGCAUAGGAACCCAUAG